AUGGAGGUGGACAGCCGUGCACGGCUGGAAGCAACUUCUCGGAAGAGGCAAAGGCGCACCAUUCCAGUGGAUGCAAAACUGCUUCAUCAGAUCUCGAAUAAAGAUCUCCUGCAGUCCCACAUCCAGCAUUUUGCUGAAGAUCUUGGUGUGAGCGGUCCACCAAAAGCUCGGUUCGAAGACGUCGCUCUCGUCAUCACGGACUGGAAUGCCAACAUGCCUACACAAAUUAUGGACAUUCUAGUGUGCUUCCUGGAAACCAGAAAAGAUGAUCCAACCCAGAUUGCACUGGUGUCGCUGGAUUUGCAUGGCAAGAUGCCGCGAAUACUCGAGGCCCUGCUGAAGAACCGAGCGUUCUUCGAGUCUCCUGCAAGCUCGCUGGAAACACUGGAACUAAGCCUGGAGGAGGUGGAUCCGCACAAGGCUUUCAUCCCCCUGUUCCCAAACCUGCGUUCACUGCGCAUGUACCAGCCUGAAUUUCCAAGCAGCCCUUCUGAUGCAGAUCAUCUGGGCAUGCGUCUUCUGAAGCUGAACCGUGAGACCUUGCACGACGUGGCGGCAGUCGGCCUGCAGUCCGGCCCCGCCGUCUUCAAAACUGUGAUCACUCACCUGCCACGAGCUUGCAAUGGCCACACCACCCUUUGGCUUGUGGCUGGUGCUGAUACGAUUCGGUCCGCGUUGGGCCACUUGGGGGAGGAGCUGCAGGAAGCGCGGCGAGUCGGCGAGACUGAAGCCUUCGUCUCAAAGCUGGCCGACCUCAAGAUCCAUGUGGAAGCGCCAAGCAGUAGUUUUGAUGGAAUUCGACUUGCCGCCAAAGUUGCCCUCAAUCGUGGACUCAAUGAAGAGGAGAAAGCCACGAGGCGGAAGGUACGUACCACAAUCCGCUCGACGCUGACGGAAGCAGCUCCAGGAGGAGUUCUAAUGUGCCUCUUCGAUGUCACGCCUCUGUCUUUGGGCAUUGCGAGUUCGGAAGGCUUCCGACUCUUCGAGCCUGGCGCGACCGCUCCAGCUCGAGUGUUGCAGGCCACUAUCUCUGCGCAAGAGGCACGGUUGCUCGUCGAAGCCUGCAAUCUGAGUGGAGGCAUUGUACUGGAAAUCCCAGUGUCUACGGAUAGCACCGUGGGCGUGCUAGUGGAGAAUCUCAGCACUCGCCUGGGAUGGAAGAGCGCCAUAUGUUUCCUGGAUGACCUUCAAGUCCAGCCACACCUGAGCUUGGCAAACUACAGCACUCUGACCAUCAAGGAGGCAAGAGACGUAAAGAUGACGAGGCUGCUUGAAAGGAACACCACAAUCCCAACGAAGACAACCAGUUGCUUCACCGCAUGCUCGACCUGCGUCUCAAUUCAGCUGCUUGAGGGCGAGUUGUGCCUCGCGAGGGAGAACAGGUUGUUGGGGGAGCUGAAGCUAGAGGGCCUGCCUGCGGCAGAAAGCUUGGUGGAAGUCACUUUGGAAAUUGAUGCGAACGGAAUCCUGCAUGUUUGGGCUUCCGGUUCUGGCCAGUCUUGCCACAUGGUCAUAACAAAUGAUCGCCCUCGCUGGAGCGCUUCAGAGGUGGAGCACAUGGUGGAGGAAGCUGAGCUCAGUUGGCAGCAGACGGCUUCCACAACGGCAAAGAACAAGUUAUUCAACAAGUGCACCCGGAUCUUGAAAGACCAACCUCCGCUUGCAGAGGUGGCAAGAAAGGCUCUCCGAUGGCUGGAGGAGAACGAUACCUGCGAGGAAGUGAGCCUGGUGAAGAGUCAGCUUCAGACUCUAGACACUCCAAUUCCAGAAGACCAAGAUGUGGUUUUGACCUUGGAGGACAUCGUAGAAGAGAUCAUUCAGGAAGAGAUCGUGGAUGAGACGGACGUGUACGUCGACGUUGACAGGCAGCUCAAGAUCCAAGGUCGAAACGAACGGAAGUUCGACUUAGGCGUGUUCAACCCGAUUUGGCGGUCCAAAGCUGACAAGCUGAGUUUGGAGGAGGUGAACGCAAUCUCCGCACACCUAACGAGAGCAGCAUUUGCAGAAGGCAGCGUCUGCCCCCUCAAGUACGAGACCGUCACAUGGCUUGUGGGCGAGGCCGAGGUGAUGAAUUUGAGGCGCAAUGCAUCGCCAGGGCAGGGCCCCACUGAGAACGACAUGCUUUACACGCGAGGGCACCAGACAGAUCGGUGCACGCUGAUACUUCAAGGACGGCUUGGAGCGUUCGUCGGUCGCGAGUCCUUCAAGACCGAGAAUGGAGCGUUCUCGCUGCUCGCGAGGGACGCGCUGAUUACAGACGGUUUUGCUCCUGACUUCGAUGCCUUUCUCAGCACGAGCAAGGUGCGCAUCCUGUCCAUCAAAAGGGACGUCUACCAUCGAGCAGUAGAACUGGACCGGGAGCCUGCCUUAUUGGAGAAGGCGAGAAGAGCCCAGGCACACAUCGCGCCCCGAAUGCCAACAGCAAGACGGCUGAGCGUGAGAAACCGCCUUGGCACAGACGGUGAGGACGAUAAAUCACCACGUGUUUCUCAUCGCACAUCUGGCAGCGGAAAGCAGUCGCCAAAGCAGGAUGGCCUCUACUCGCGAGCGCAACUGUGA